GGCGCGAAAUGUAACGCGGGAAAAAUAGAAGUGAGAGGGAUUGCGCUGCCGCUGCCUGCAUCCCUUUAUCGGGCUUUCCAUCGUCCUGUGCGAGCCCGCCGCGGGGGCUAUGCCGGCUGGGGGACCGAGCUCCAUCCAGAGCGGCCUUCCCAUCUCCCCGCAGCAUGAUGUCCGACGUGUGCCCCUCUCCCCCCCGCCCGGUGCUGGUGUCGGUUAUUAAGGCGGUCUCCUCCGGCGCCCACACUCCGCUCAAGCCACGCCGCCCUCCCUGCUCCGCCGGCGGCGGGAUCCACCCGGGGGCUCGGCCUAGCCCGGUGCCCACCUCCCCCGGCUUCAGUGAUUUCAUGGUGUACCCGUGGCGCUGGGGGGAGAACGCGCACAAUGUCACGCUCAGCCCGGGCCCCCCCGCCCGCCACCAACCGCCCCCCGACGACCACCUGCACCCCGCCCGGGACAGGGCCCGCAUCGGGGACGGCAUCGGGAGCGGAGCGGCCGGCGGAGGAGGAGCGGGCAGAGGGAGCCAGGACAACGCCGGCAGCCUGAGGGAUGUGAUUCGACGUGGUCGUCCAAGGGCAGAAACGGUUAGAGACCUAAUAAGUGAAGGUGAACAUUCUUCAAGCAGGAUUCGAUGCAGUAUCUGCAAUAGGGUGUUUCCUCGUGAGAAGUCUUUGCAAGCGCAUAAAAGGACACAUACAGGUGAAAGACCUUACCUUUGUGACUACCCUGAAUGUGGAAAAGCUUUUGUUCAAAGUGGUCAACUGAAAACACAUCAACGCCUUCACACAGGAGAGAAACCUUUCGUAUGCUCGGAAAAUGGAUGUAUUAGUCGGUUUACUCAUGCAAAUCGGCACUGCUCCAAGCAUCCAUAUGCAAGACUAAAGAGGGAGGAACUAAGCAAUAAAACGGGCAAACUCGAAGGAGUUGAAAACAAGGAUACGGCAGAAUGGCUGGCAAAGCACUGGGAAACACAAGAUGCAUUUAAAGUCAAAUCCCUCCAAAAAGCAGACCAGGAGCAGCAGGACCCUUUAGAAUAUCUUCAAUCUGAAGAUGAGGAGGACGAGAAGAAUGGGCCUCACACAUCUGCUCGCCAUCGUCUACAGGAGCAACGAGAGCGUAUGCAUGGCGCGCUAGCCUUGAUUGAGCUUGCCAACCUGGCUAGUGCACAGCUGCGCCAGUAACCUUACUGAAUCCAGACGUACGAAAUGUCUUGCCCUAGCAAUAUUUCUGCUCCUUUUUCUGCUGCUGGAUCAUGCUUUCCAUUGUGUACUCAGUUAGACAGAAAGAGGCAACAAAAUAGUGUUCUUGGGUAACAAGCUAAGCACCUUAUUUGCUUUGACAUAGGCUGCUAUCCUGUAGAAUUUUUAUGAAGAAUGUUGUUGCCCUCUCACAUAGAGGGGCAAGAGAGAAUUGCACUUUUUAUGGUAAAAGAUAGUUGUAAAGUGUUGUGUGUUUUUAUAUAUAUAUUUUGUAAAUAUGAAACAGUACAGAAGCAGGGAAGACUAUCUAUGUGGAAAUGCUGGAUUUUACAAGCUUAAGUGUUCCUUUUCAGAAUCUUACAAUUCCAGAUUUAUGUAUGCAGGAAAUCAUUUGAAUUUCCCCUGACCCUCUUUUUUGGUAGAAAACACGAAAACUGUAUCAUAAACUGAUAUGUUUGGCGUCUCCCAAAUGUUUCAUAAUGCAGAGUUGACAUAUUUAAGGUUCAUCUAUCUCCAUCCUGAUCCAACUUUGCUGCAAGCUUGUGGCAUGUUUAGAAUGAUGAGAACCUGCAAGAAAGUUGAUGUGGAAUGAAUCCCAGCUCUGAUUGUAGGGAACCAGGUACCAAGUCCUCCUACUGAAAUUACCCUUUAUAUUUGGUUCAAGAAGUGUUGCUGAAUACCAGUGGUGAUAAAUUCUGUCACCUCGGUAUAAAGCUUCUAUGUGUAAGCACACUAGUUAAUCUUCUUCUGCAAUACAUUCAUAAUGUAGUAGAUCCCAAUAAACUAUUUUGGAGAUUCUGCAGUUAAGCUUGCAAAAUAUCAAACCUUUAUCGAAAGAGUUACCCAUAAAAUGGGUUGUAUGGUGUAGUAAGGCACUUGCAUUUUAUAAGGCGGUAUUUUACAUGGAGGUAUUGAUGUAGUAAACUAUUCUAGAUU